AUGAAUGACACUUUAUCGGCAUAUAAUGAAGCAGACAAAAAAGCAGAACAGCAGGCAGACAACCAGGAUAAUGAAAAUAUGAUAAAGACCAUCUCUUACCAACUUUCAACUGCAAAUUUAUCUGGAGGAGAAGACGUUGAUUUUCCGCCAUCAGCAUAUCAGAAUUUUGAUGACAUUUUUACAAUCUGCUCAGAAGAUUUGCAUAAAAAGAGAUAUCAUGAAGUUAUUAGGAAAUAUUAUCCAAAUGGAAAGACCUUUCUUACCAUUUUUAAAGAUGGCUCAGGCCAAGUUUUCUAUCCAACAGGGAGAAUUGCCAUCAUGAUUUCCUUUGUGCAUCCAGCUGACUUUACAUACCUCAUUCUGGAAGACAGUGGAAUAAGGCCACAAAUUCAAGCCAUCUUUACGUCCAAAGGCCGAUCAACAUGCUACUACCCCAGCGGGGCAAUCUGGGUGAAUCUGGAUGGCUUUGGUGGGUGUCAUUAUGAGGAAAAAGGAACACUGAAAAAGAGAUGGGCAUGGCAUUUCCACAACGGGCACAUUCAUGCUCCUCCAAUUCAACCUAUUUGCCUGGGCCUAAACCCACAAACUGGAAUUCGUAUCCUCUCUCAACAGGAAGUCUAUGUAACAUUCUCCCAUAAAAGAAACAGUGUGAGGUUCAACAUGGGCUCCAAGUUAAGGCUAAAAGAACCCAAGCAGGAGCGAGUAACUGGGUCUGAUGUCAUACGUAAGGUGUUACAGCAGAAAACUCUCAAGAUCCACACCCUCCUCGAUAAGAUCCAGACUGCUAUAAGAUGUUCUCAGUGCCUGCCCAAACUGCACGCCCUACCUAGCAGUCUCUCAAAACUGGAAGAGCAGAAGUCGGAAGAAGAAAGCACAAGAAAGUCAGAUGUUCGAUUGUCUUUUGACAAGGGUCAAAGGGCAAAAGAAAGGAAAAAGUGACUUCGUCUUCAAUGCAUUCUGUCGGAAAUGAUAGUAUGAAUGAACAGAAACAAACAGCAAGUUUGGGAAGUGGUUUCACUUCUCUAUUUAUUCAUCAUGAUUUCAAGUAGAUAAACUUUAACAUUUGUUCAACACAAACUCUUCUGCAAGAUUUCUUUCAGGUACCCAUUUUUUGUCAUUUUUAAUUGCAAUAUCACAAAUCAUUAGUGAUUUUAAAUUCUGCCAACAUAUUGCCAAAAAUCUAAUUUGUUGUGUCCAAGUAACAUUAAAAGAUUUGUGCUUCUCA